GUGGUCUCCACUGUCCACUCUUCAAUAUUUAUCCAACUAUGUCUAUACCACAUUAUCUCCUUGCCAUUACCAUAAAGUCCACUCUUUAGUACAAGUCAUCAUAACUGUGUUAGCCAAGAAAUGAAGCAAUAGCAUUGAAUGAAGCUGCGAUGGGAAACUCGCAUGCUAAAAAGCGUGACACUCAAUUUUCCAGAAACGUUGUUAAAGGGAGAGUUCCCUCUCCAAAAGACAAAACCUUAUCAUCAUUACAGUCACCAUCAUCACCAUCACAAUCACCAUCACCGUCGCUAGAACCACCACGAGAACCACCACCACCGGUUAUGUUUUUUAAUACGGGUUCGGGAAAACUAUCUGCCAAAGAGAAAUAUGCUCUAAUUCCUGAUAACUUCACUACCCUUGAACAGGUUACAACUGCCUUGAGGAAGGAAGGUUUAGAAUCAUCAAAUCUUGUCCUUGGAAUUGAUUUCACAAAAAGCAAUGAAUGGACUGGAAGUGUCUCAUUCAACAAUAAAAGCCUUCAUGCUAUUGGAAGUACCGCUAACCCCUAUGAGAAAGCCAUCUCUAUUAUUGGCAAGACUCUUGCUCCCUUUGAUGAUGAUAACUUGAUUCCAUGUUUUGGCUUUGGGGAUGCGACCACUCAUGAUCAAGAAGUGUUUAGCUUUCACAGUGAUCAUUCACCUUGCCAUGGUUUUGAGGAAGUUUUGGCUUGCUAUCAAAAAGUUGUUCCAAAUUUGAGACUGUCUGGACCAACAUCUUAUGCUCCUGUGAUUGAGGCUGCAAUAGACAUAGUUGAGAAAAGUCAUGGCCAAUUCCAUGUGUUAGUUAUUGUUGCAGAUGGCCAGGUUACAACAAGUGCUGCAUCUGAACAUGGAGAACUCAGUCCACAAGAAGCAAGGACAAUCAAAGCAAUAGUUGAUGCAAGUUCAUAUCCCCUUUCUAUUAUUCUGGUUGGAGUUGGUGAUGGACCCUGGGAAGACAUGAAGAAGUUUGAUGACAAGAUACCCGCUCGCGACUUUGACAAUUUUCAGUUUGUUAACUUCACUGACAUAAUGACCAAGAAAUCAAGCCCCUCAGAAAAAGAAACUGCUUUUGCUCUGGCUGCUCUUAUGGAGAUACCUUUCCAAUAUAAAGCAGCCAUUGAACUUGAACUACUUGGUCGUGCAACAGGGAGAUCAAAUAAAAUAGUUCCAAGACCUCCUCCAGCUCCAUAUUCCCGGCUUGUGCCACCAGCUCGCGUUCUGAGCAAUAUGCCAACUUUCAUGGAUGAUGAGAGAAACCAAAUGGCUUGUGCUAUUUGUCUGACCAAUAAAAAGGAUUUGGCAUUUGGAUGUGGUCACAUGACUUGUAGAGAUUGUGGAUCUAGGUUAACCAAUUGUCCGAUAUGCCGUCAGAGGAUCACCAAUCGUCUUAGGGUGUUUUCUAGCUGAUAGCAGAAUGGAAAAUCAUGUACAAAGUAAAAUUCAACUAAGGGCUAAGAAGAUAAAUGUCUUCUGUACAUUUGUUGGUGUGGCUUUCAAGAGGGCCCAAGAAUGACCAUGGUGUUGCAUAAAGGUGGUUUCACAUUGUAGGGAUGAUUUAGGAGUUGAGACAAUUGUGCAUGUAUUUGCUAGUUGUUCAAUCAGGCCAUGUCCCAUGUGUUUGAAUUUGAAGAAUUGUAUUUUAACCGCUGCACAUUGUACAUAUUGUUUAUAUGUACUUAUGUUAAAAAUUUAUGUAUGCAGGAUAUCCAUGAACUUAUAGAUUCUAUGAUAGGUUGCAUUUUGUUUAAA